CCUCGUUUCCGCCGUUAUUCGUUCGGAUCGCACCCCGGGCGAAGCCCGGGACACAACUCCCCGGCUGGGAUUUCUUCUCGGCAACGAUGGAUUUUCCGGACCGUACAGGGAAGGCGAAAUGUACCACUCUAGCCGCACCGGCGGCCACCCUCACUCCUCGAAAGGAAAGCGGUGAGGAAAAUGCCCCACAAGGGCCCUCCCAACACCUUCACUACGAUCCUGAUCACCUACAAGAAAGCAGCAGUGACAUGGACUCCCUGAUAAUUGACGAGGAUGCAGAUGACACCGUGGAUGGUUUCCGGGUCCCUCGGCAGCAGCUUAAACGGAAACGACGAGCCGAGCGCCGUCACAGCAGCUCCAGUGACGAUACAGUCAAAAGUGUACCCUCCUCUACUUGCUCCACAAGGGCUCCCUCUCUGACAGUGCUUUUCCGUCCCAUUUCGCAAGGUGAGACGGUCAAUAGCUUGCAGUUAACGAAACUUGAGCAAUACCUCGAAUCGGAAGCACCAAACGAGAUUGCCGAAAUACGCUUGAAUUACAAAAAGAACAUCGUCGCAGUCGAUGUAAAGACCGCCGGCGGCGUCAACAAACUUUUAGGACUGUCCCGCCUCUGUGCAAAGUCAGUGUCUGCUUUCGUCCCGGCAUCAGCACGUGCGACGAACGGGGUUAUUCGCGUCUCUGAUACAUCUCUAAGUGAUGCAGAAAUCAGCAAACGGCUCCGAGCUGUCAUUCCUGUUACGAGCGUCAGGCGCCUCGGUAAGGAAGGAGUGCUUGUGAAGCUGAGCUUCUCCUCAGGCCCCCUACCAAAGCAGGUCCACAUUGGAACGGUCAAAUUCCUUGUCAGCGAGUACAAACCGAAACCAACUCAGUGUUUCAAGUGUGCACGUUUUGGCCACGUAAAUGCAACCUGCACACGUGCCCAGACCUGUAUGAGAUGCGCCGGGAAUCAUGACAUCAGCGCUUGUAUCGAAGAAAACACACUGAAAUGUCAGAACUGUGGCAAGGCACAUUCCACGCUCGACAAUGCCUGCCCCGUAAAGCAGUUGGAAACAGCGGCCCAUCGCUACAGCGUCAACAGUCGUGUCCCUAUACGUGAGGCCCGUAGAAUCUUCCGUGCUUCAAAAGAAAGGAGAAAAGAUCCUGCCCUACAUCAUGAAACUACCACCACGACGAAGGCUCGCCUUCGCAAGGGCGCCCUGCACACCAAGGCUUCUUUCAGUGAGGUGAUCAAAAGAUCCCAUGUCCCCUCCCCUGCUCCGCACACCGCUGAAAAGACUCAUAACGUUGCAAGGGAGCCUCGUACGGCAGCCCCCAUAUUGUUCACAAGAAACCACAUCUCUCCAAAAACGGCGGACAACACACCCGAAUCAAACCAGCCGCAAAAAGCAACAUCCAAUGAACAAUUACCAAGGUUUGCUGCGUUCAUCGACAUCGCUUUUCUCGUCCUCAGGACACUACAUGAAUGCUCAUGGCUUCCAUUAGGCAUGCGUCACUUCAUUUCUCUUGUUCUCCCGCUUCAGCAAUCUCUAACGAACUUCGUUGGAGUGUGAGCCCUUUGCAAUCCCGCUUCAGCACACUACUCCCCAGGGAGCGCAUGUACCUUCUCAACCGCUAUGAAUGCACGAACCAAUACCACUACUCCUCGCACCACUACUCGCACGGCCUCUGCAAUCAUGCAAUGGAACUGCAGAGGCCUCAAAGGAAAGCUUCACGAACUCAUCCUGUUUCUCAAAAAGCAACCAGUACCAAUUAUCGCUUUAAGCGAAUGUGGUCUUCCAGAGCCGUCCAGUAUCGAAGGCUAUACGAAGUAUGUAAGUCCAAACAUACCAACCUUCCCUGCCGGGUGCGCGGCUUUGUUCGUUAAAAAGGGUUUAACACAGUGUGAACUCAACCUACAGGACCUCUGCUGUGAGAAUGCAGAAUUCGUCGCAGCAAACAUAUCGUUACACAAGCUGACAGUAACAAUUGUGUCUGUCUACAUUCGUCCUGGCAAACUCAAGCAGAAUGAGCUCCAAAGUCGUCUCAGAAGCUUACGGCAGCUCUGCCCUGGUCGCCUCAUCAUCUCCGGGGACUUUAAUGCCCAUCAUGAGCUAUGGGGCAGUUCUCAUGCAACCAGACGCGGCAAAGAAAUCGUCGAGGCUGCCGACGCACUAGAUAUGGUCAUUGCUAAUACUGGCUCCCCAACCUUCUACAAGCCUCCAAGUACCUACACUGCAAUAGACGUCACGAUUCACUCACCAGACUUAGAGGUCAUAUGGGAAGUAGGACCGGACACAAUGGGGAGUGAUCAUUUUCCAAUUUUCAUGUCAUUGCCCGGACUGCUCGGAGAACGCCCCGCCCACAUGUCCAGGAACACUCCGUUAUCCACUGGGAUCGGUUCCGGACAUUCUUAGAAAAGAGCGGUUCUGACGACAUCA